GCGUGGGCCCGAAGCAGCUGCGCAGGCGCACAUACAUAACAGGCACAGGGAUCAUAGGCGGAGGCAUAUAUAUUAAAAGGCAUUCCUAAGUGUUUGCUUCCAAUCUCUUCUCUACUCCACGCAGUGGGGAAGAUAGAUAGAGAUAGAGAAGGCAGCGGAUUUUUUACAAACACAUACUAAGCACUUUCUCUCUCCUAGGGUUUCCGGGUUCGUCAUUGUCGUGCUUGUUCGCGCUCUCAUUCACGUCAAGUUCGUGGCGCAUUCAGCUGAGAUCGACUCUGGAUUGGUUCGAAUUCCCUGGUUUCGCCAUUUUCUCAUUAUUGUUGUCGAUUGAGGAGGAGCAUGCCAGCCACAUUGUAAUGUAUUUUAGACUUACUGGUUCCAGGGUGGAGACAUACAAGUUGUCUUAGCCUCAAUGGUAUGCUCACUUGAAAGUGGGAGAAUGGCAGUCAUGGCCAGACUUCUGGCAGCAGGAAGUUUCUCACCUAUUAUAACAGAGGACGUCAGCCAGGAGAAAUUAGCUGCUCAAUACAUACAUAGAGAAUUACGUGAGGCAGAUGAAGCAAAUUUGCUUGAUGAAGAAGAUAUGAAUGUAUUUGGUUUGAAGCCUAUGGCUGAUCCUUUGUAUUUGGUAUGUUGCAAUGCCUGUAAGAAGCCAGUCAAGGCCAGCCAAUAUGCAGCUCAUGCAGAACUCUGCAAGUCAUUAAAUCCUACAGAAGAAUCGUUCUUGGAGCUUGAUGGUGGUGCAGGGCAAAAAAAACCUCCACGGAAAGAAAGGAAGAAGUCAUUAAUUGCUUAUGCUAACCAAGCUACAAUGGCUGGGGAGCAAGAAAGGUUUGAAUCUAUGGAUGCAGAUGAUACUGCUGCCUCUGAACCCUGCUUAGAUGAGCAAAUUGGAGCGGCUUGUUCCUUCACAGAGAUAAAAAGAAAUUCAGCUUGUGUAGAUGUGGGACAUGUAGUGGAUGGUUCAGGAGUUAGUCAUGGAAAUACAGACCUCUCUGCAGGUGUUAUGCCUCCUCCAAAACGUUCCAAACUGAGAAUAGCAACUGAUCGUCCAUCACCAGCAGAUGGUCCAGAAACAGCGUAUGGUGUGAACAAAACCAUGUGUAUAACUAGUCAGAGAGCAUAUACCUGCGCAGGAUACCCAAAAGGUUCAAUUGAAGGAAGUGAAAGGCCUUAUGAUCAUUUGGCUGCCCAUCAAAAGCCUGGGCAAGACCAUGAAUGCAGCUUGUCAACCAAUGGUGUUCCUGUUCCCCUUGCAACCAAAAUGUAUUACUCUCAAAGAAAUCAUCGCCUUCGUUCUGCAAUUAGUCAUCUUUACUUUGCUGCAUCAAAUGAGGGACAUUGCAGUGAUAUGGUGAGUCCAAAAGUGUUACAGGGAAAUAUGGUUCCACAAGCUUCAUCUCCUAAGAACUUUUCUCAUGAACAAAUGGAUAACCAACCUGAGAAGAAGAGAGAUACACACUUCUUACCUUCUAUGCAAAAUCCUGAUAAAGUUCUUGUGCAAAGUUCAGAAGUCUUCUUGGGUAAAUCUGAGGGAUGCCCACCAGCCAUGAAUUUUUCAAAUCAGGUCCAUGUUAAUAAUGUUUUAAGGCCUCAUGCAGCUCCAGUUGGAACGAUAAAAAGCAAAUAUCUUUCAAAACCUUAUUCCUUUGCCAGCAACUCAGGUAAUUUCUAUUUGAUUUUAGCUGUUGCUUCAUGUACUGAAACUCUGCCUUUGGCAACUAAGCUUAAGUUAAUAUAAUAAACUGGUAAGAUGAGUGCAAGGUGUUUGCAAUUGGGUUUAUGGAAUUUUAGAAAUCUCCAUUGUUGCCACAAAUUAUUCUGUUCUAUUUAUUUUAUAAGGGGAUUUGGUUAAGCAUAGUGUGUGUGCACAUAAUUUCAGUCCAUCCUCCUUUUUUUUUUUGAUAUGCAAAAGGAGAAAAUAUAUUAGUAGUGCCUGAAAAUCAAUGUACCAAAAGUACACGAGAUAUGUAGAAGAAGCGCCAUCAGGUAAUCAAAAAAGAAGAAAGAAAACCAAAAAACAACCUCCCUCUCCCCACUUAGCUUAACCAUUUUACAAAGCUUAUCAUGGUCAAGGGACAGUCAUUACACUUUAGCCAUUCCAAAAAGCUACAUAUAAAGAAAGGUUUGAUUGCUUGAUUUGGCUGUUCAACAUCUUCAAAUGACCUUCUAUUUCUUUCCAUCCAUAACGUCCAAAACAGACGCAAAGGAGUGGCCCCCAAGCUUUCUUUAUCUUAGUCUAUCUGAGCACCUCAUCUUUAUUUCAAACCAUCUCUUUUUCCACUUCCAAGAAUUUUAGGUUCCUCCUUUAACCGUUACCCUCAUAACAUUUACUCUUCCCGUUAUUGUAAACUGUGCUAAGGGUGUCUUUAGUGGGGCUGAGUUAGGGGCCUAAAGGUUGUCCGUAAGUGGUCAAAGAGAGCCCAAAGUCCCAAUGGCCGCGCUACUCCUCAGGCCCAUAGCCUUUGUGGACUGACUACUUCAAAGGCCCAUUUAGUUUCUGUUAAUGAAGUGGGGGAGGAUUUAAGAGUGGGUCAAGCCCAAGGAAGUUCCUGUACAUCAGAGAGUGGGGUUGGUGGGUUUAAGAGAAAAAAGAGAGGGUUGUUGCUUAGUGGUUUUGACUGAGGGAGAGAAGGGCUCGCUAAGGCUUCUUGAAGGGAGGGACUUAUAAAAAGAAAAAAAAAAGGCUUCUUGAAGGCAGGGCUCUCUUUGCAGAGAUCAAGGAGACGACGUGGUACAGUUGCGUUGAAGAUGGGCGUGUGAGGCUUGAGGCUUUGCCAACAUCAAUCUCGACGAGUUCCUGUGUGGUGUUCACCUACACAGCUCUUGUGGUGAAGGCGAAUAGGUUUCCAAGGCUUUCCCCGCUCUCUUCUUUGGGGUUUGUGGACCUGGCAAGCCAGCCGCUAAGUAUGUUGUUGCAAAAUGACAGUUUGUUAAGAGUAUUCCAAAAAUGCUGAGAAGGACCCUUCAGGUAAGGAGGAGGAGGCUGUGGCUAAGGAGGUGGAGCCCCCUAAGCCCUUAGCGAUUGCUUGUAUAUAAUAAAGAGGGGGUGGGGGGGUAGAAAGGCGGGGGAUUGGUUUGGUGUGGAUAGCCUCCCCACUAAUUUUGUCAAUUUCAGUAGCUUCUUAGGGUUACCUAUGGAAUGGUUUGAAAAGGAGAUCAGUCCCCUGCUGAAGAAAUUGGAGUUAAAGAAAAGGUUGUGGGGUCAAGGUUUCAGGUAGAAAGAGGAGUGCUCCCUUGACUUCCCAUUUUGAGCAGAAAAUCCAUAAACUAGAGUGUUUGGUUAAUUACAAGAAGUCUCCAGCCAUUGUCAGGGGAAGGAGCUUUGGGGACACAGAACCUGUUUUGUGAGGAUGGUCGAGAGGUUUCGUUUAUGUUUGGAUUAAGGGGGGCAUCAGCUUUCUUGGGGUUGGUCGGAUAGUUAGGGCAGUUGGUGUUUGCUCUCUCUUUUCCUUCUCUUCUUCUUGCUUGUUUUGUCUAUACUCCAUGUGUACUUUGUUGGGCCAUUUUACAAGCGCUUUUAAUAUAUUAUCCUUUUUUACUUAUUAAAAGAAAAAAGAAAAAAUUGUAGAUUUCUAAUUUGAUGAAAAUUUACUCACACCUUACAAUCCUAGCCGUUCAACUCUUAAAAUAUCACAUGAUCACUUAAACAACUAGGACAGUAAUAACAAUCUAUAAAUAUUAAAAUAGAGUAUAGAACCCAAAUAAAUCAAAGAAGUGGAAGAAAACAAUAAUUUGAAAGCAAUUCCUUUAUUUAAUCCUGAAUGAUCAACUCCUUUAAAAAUUCACUAAUUUCUCUCCAAAUACUCCAGGCUAAGCCUGACCAAGUCAUUCUCCAUUGUCUCUUCCUCUUCUUCAUAAACCACCCUCUUAACUAAAUAGAGUUUCCUUCUACCAAUUAAGCUAAACCCAAAAGUAAAAAUGAAAAUUAAGAUAAAACUAAACCCAACCCAAAAAGCAUGACACCAUGGACUGAGGUUUUGAGCCCCUGCUUGAAUAGGGGUAUUAGUGGACCAAGUAAGUUUAAUGCAGUUCAUGAAGCCAUUCUUGAGCUAGAAAUGCAUCUGGGUGUUCAUUACCUUCCAAACGUGUCCUUCCAAAUCCAUGAAAUUUUCUUAACUUGAUCAUUAAUGUAGGGUUCCCACUUACCAACACCUUGCUUAAAUUAGCAGUUGAUGCAGCUGUUGACUGUUGGAUAUCUUGACGUCAAGAUUUGCUUUUGCAAGGUCAACCUUCCUCUUCUGUGAGUGCUGGGCUAACAUACCUACUGCUCUUCCAAAACAAUAGUUAAGAGAACAACAUGCUUCCCUUCCACCAGUGGCUUCUCCAUGUGUAUCUUUAACAAUAUGGGAUCCCUUCUUUGAUGCGAUCUUCAGAACACUCUGCAAUCUGGGAAACAGAGUUUGUAUCGCAUGUGUUUCCUUGAUGCCUGAUGUUAUACUUUCCUUUCUUUUUCAAUCAGAACAGUGUGGCCCUUAGCAUUCACUGUUGCCACCAUUGGAUA